AUGUACUCGCCGAAAGCAAUCGCUCUCCUGGCCCUCGGCAUGGCAUCAACCACGCUGGCGAGCCUCCCCUACACCUUCGAGCUGCUGGUCUACAAGGACCUGCCACAACGCGGCCUGAGCCGCGUCGGCUGCAUCAACGGGGCCGGCCACUUCGUGACUAGCCCGAGGGCGUGCCUCCCGUUCCACUCCAACACCAGCAUCGAGCCGACGACCAUCGAGGGCUCCUGGAAGUGCGGCACUGAGAAGGGUGUGAUUGAUUGCUCGCAGCAGGGGAGCAGUGGCACAGCCAUGUUUGGUCUGUCGGGUGCUGAUCUGGCUUACAACGGCUCGACUGCGUUCUCGCAGGACUCCUGGCCGCACUCCACUGACGAUCUUCAAGGCGUGCCUACCAAGAUUGGAAGUGGUUCGAACGGUACUCUAUUGCUUCAGGUUCAUGCUAUCAGUGGCUAG